GCAUUCUCUCUACCCUGUCUCGAAGUAUCAUCCCUGGCUUGACUUCGUGCUCCACGAUUGGUUCAUGUUCUCCUGUGAUAUUUCAAAGCCCUACGCAUGUGUGGGUCAGCACAUAGCUGAGUAGUCAGGGAGAGAAUCUUGACUGCUCGGAGUGCUGUCUUGCUGUGUGACUGUCAGAUGGAAGCACGUGACCUGCGCAAUUCCAGAUGGCAUCUAAUGUGACCGUGGUGUGGUGGCUCAAUGGUUUAAGGGUACUAGCCAAUUCUUGCCUGAACAGGUCCAGGCCAAGAAUGGCCAGCUUUCAACAAGUAAACCGCAAGAUGCUAAGCCUCGUCUGAUGCUAAUGGGUCUCCGUCGGAGCGGCAAAUCUUCCAUUGCAAGCGUUGUGUUCCACAAGAUGCCGCCUAAUGAAACGCUAUUCCUUGAGUCGACCACUCGGAUACAAAAAGAUUCGAUCCACUCCUUCAUGGAUUUCCAGGUCUGGGACUUUCCAGGUCAGCUCGAGUAUCUGGAGCCAUCUUUCGACCUCGAGAAUAUUUUCGGGAGUCUUGGAGCACUUGUUUGGGUCAUUGAUGCUCAGGAUGACUACCUGGACUCCGUUGCACGUCUCAACCGCACCAUCUUGACCGUGCAGCAGUACUAUCCCAACAUCAAUAUUGAAGUCUUCAUCCACAAAGUGGACGGACUUUCUGACGAGUACCGCACAGACACCUUCCAAGACAUUGUACAGCUGAUCUCCGACGAGCUAAGCGAUGCCGGAUAUGAAAAUGCUCCGGUUCACUACUACCUAACCUCUAUCUACGACUAUUCUGUCUUUGAGGCUUUCAGUAAAGUCAUUCAGAAGCUCAUUCCCAAUCUUUCGACUCUGGAGAACUUGAUCAACACGCUUGCCAACAACUGUGGCUUCGAGAAGACUUACCUGUUCGAUGUCUUGAGCAAGAUCUAUAUCGCAUCCGACACUCGUCCCGUUGAUAUGUCAUGCUACGAGAUGUGCUCGGAUUACAUCGAUGUGAUUGUGGAUAUCUCCGAGCUGUAUUCCUGGGACCAUCCGGAUCGCAAAGCCAAGGGUGAGCAAAAUCAAGAAGCUGAGAGCCAUGUGGUACUGCAUGAUGAAACAAUGAUACAUUUGAUGGAGAUGAACAAAUACUUGUGCCUGGUUUCGGUGAUUCGCAAUCCAGAGUCCAAGAGCAAAAAGGGUCUUAUUGAUAUGAACUGCCGGACCUUCCAAGAAGCCCUCAACGAUGUGUUCUCGCGCAGCUGGGAGCAGGAGCAGGAGCAGGAGCAAGUAUAACUUGAUUAUUUGGAUUGGGGCUGUGUUUGAUGCUGGAUUAUGGCCAUAGCCGAUAUGUCUGUAUCUAUGUUAUGUCGUCUACACCUGACUCGUGCU